AUGAUCCGCUGGCUGCUCCUCGCCGCCUCCGCGAGCGCCGCCGAGAAUGGGCUCGCGCGGCUGCCACCGCUCGGCUGGCGCUCGUGGAACCUGUACGGCGGCAACGUGAACCAGACGCUGAUCGAGGGCAUCAUGGCCAGCAUGGUCCGGCGCAGCUCCCGCUACACUGUUGACGGCGUGCCCACCUCCCUCUGCGACCUCGGCUUCUGCGACGUCGGCCUCGACGACAACUGGCAGGCGUGCGGCCGGCACGGCGAGGGAGGCUACACGUACCACGACGAGGAGGGCAACCCGCUCGUCAACUCCGAGCGCUUCCCGUCGAUGAAGAGCAUGACCUCGUACGCCCACUCCCUCGGGUUGACGGCAGGCUGGUACGGCAACAACUGCAUCUGCUCUGAAAAGAAGACGGGCGACCGCCGCUUCUACGCGGGCGACGUCAGGGCGAUGCGCGGGAUGGGGUUCGACUCGUGGAAGCUGGACGGGUGCGGCGCGCAGACCGACAUGCAGCUGUGGAGCGACCUCAUCCAGGCCGCCGCCGGCCGGCGAGCCGCCGCCGCUCGCCCUUCGCCGCGUGACGCGCAGGCGGAGGCGCGGCGAUAG